AUGGCUGCGGAGGCCCUGGCCCUCGACACGCCACAGUCACUCAGUCUCUGCGUGUAUGACGGUGUGUACGGUGUACAGCCAAGCAGGGCUCUGCGGCAGCACCUUCCAAAGGGCGCUCGGACUGCCUACGGACCCGCGGCUGGAAGGUUCCCGACUUUCCAGCCCAAGCGCAUCCUCUUCGCAGACUUCGCAGACAACCGACAAGGCUUCUCAGCAAGCCGUGCCUCGGCAAUUGCAGUGUGCCCUGUGGCCCUUGGAGUUGUGGGUCCUCAGCGCAGAUGGAGGCUCUUCCCCUACCCCAGUCUUCCGUGGUCCCAAGUGCUGGGCGGUCGGAGAGUCCGCCUCAACGUUCACAAGUCUCCAUGGCGUUCGGUCAUGGCCCCCACUUGA